AUGGGGUACUGUAACCGCUGCUUCUUCACGCUGUGCUCUCUUUUCCUUCUUCUCACGCUUCCUUCUCUCUCCGGCGCCGAUGACCGAUUCGAUUUUCCGGCGAAAAAGCUCAUCAGAGACCUUAAUCUUUUCCCAUCUCAAGAUGUCAACAUCGUUCGCCACUCGAAUUGUCACGCCAACAAAGUCGUCGAGAAACCCCUCAGAUUCCCAAACUUGCUGUCUUCACACUCUGACGUUUCCCUCGACAAUUUGACUCAUUGCGCUGGUUACUAUCCUAUUCUUCAUUCUCAUGCUGCCAGCAUGUUCUACUUUUUCUUUGAAUCACGGAACAGCAAGAAGGAUCCUGUUGUGAUUUGGUUGACUGGGGGACCUGGAUGUAGCAGUGAAUUGGCUGUGUUUUAUGAAAAUGGCCCUUUUAAGAUUGCUGACAAUAUGUCCCUUUUGUGGAAUGAUUAUGGUUGGGACAAGGUGGCCAACCUCCUGUAUGUUGACCAACCAACUGGAACUGGCUUUAGUUACAGUUCAGACAAGCGUGACAUUCGUCAUGAUGAAGAAGGUGUGAGCAAUGACCUGUAUGACUUUUUACAGGUCUUCUUUGCUGAACAUCCUGAGUAUGCAGAGAAUGACUUUUUCAUUACGGGUGAAUCAUAUGCUGGACAUUAUAUUCCAGCUUUUGCAGCUCGAAUCCAUAAGGGAAACAAAGCUAAAGAAGGAACUCACAUAAACCUAAAGGGAUUUGCCAUUGGUAAUGGGCUUACUGAUCCUGCGAUUCAGUAUAAAGCUUACACAGAUUAUGCACUAGACAUGGGCAUAAUUCAGAAGACUGAUUAUGAUCACAUCAACAAAUUGAUGGUCCCAGCCUGCGAAAUGGCAAUAAAACUAUGUGGCACUGAUGGAAAAAUUGCAUGCGCGGCUUCAUAUCUUGUUUGUAAUGCCAUAUUCAGUUCCAUCAUGUCACAUGCUGGCAAUAUCAAUUAUUAUGACAUCAGGAAGAAGUGUGAGGGAAACCUUUGCUAUGAUUUUUCGAAUAUGGAGAAAUUCUUGAACCUAAAAUCAGUUCGGGAUGCACUAGCAGUAGGAGAUAUUGCUUUUGUGUCUUGUAGUUCUACAGUUUAUCAGGCUAUGCUGAUGGAUUGGAUGAGGAACCUUGAAGUUGGUAUUCCUGCCCUUCUUGAGGAUGGAAUCAAUAUGCUUGUGUACGCUGGCGAAUAUGAUCUCAUCUGCAACUGGCUUGGUAAUUCAAAAUGGGUUCAUGCCAUGGAGUGGUCUGGCCAGAAAGAAUUUUUGACCUCACCCGAAGUUCCUUUCACAGUUGAUGACUCUGAAGCUGGAUUAUUGAAGAAUUAUGGACCACUAAGUUUCCUGAAGGUCCAUGAUGCUGGUCAUAUGGUGCCGAUGGAUCAACCAAAGGCUUCGUUAGAAAUGUUGAAGAGAUGGACUCAGGGAACUCUUUCAGAAUCUGGAGAUGAUGCGGAGAAAUUGGUUGCUGAGAUGUAA